UCGGCAGUUUCUAUAUUUGUAGACAUAUUUAAGUCGAAAAGUAUAGAGAAUGGGGUUAUGUUUCAUUGCCAAAAUAUUUCUAAAGUUGUCUUUAAUCAGAAAGUUUUUUGUGCAAAUAAUAUAAAAAUUACAAGUUUAAAAACAGAACUCAAUUUUACAAAUAUCGGGUAUUUCGGUCCCUCAAAGCUUGGUUUUAUAGUAGAUGCAUCUUGUACCUCUUGGUAUAGCAUUUUCGAAAUUAUAGAUAAAAGAUUUUUUAAGAGGUCAUACACUUGGUUGAUCUAUACUAAUAAUUUAAUAACUACGUCUAAUACUUUGUCAAAGUAUCCAAUUGAAAUUAACUCUGAUUUUAUUGUAAUUAAAAAAAGUGGACGAAACAAUUUUUUUUAUCUUUAUGAAGUUUUUAAUAACGGAUAUUAUACUCACGGUUCUUUUGUUGUUGAAUAUUUGGGAUACUGGAAUCAAAAGUUGUAUGCAAACCAAAUUAUAAGGACGAAUUUGACGGGAGUUGUAUUAAAAUGUGCUGUAGUAGUACUUGAUCCCAUAGUCAAUCAAACUUUUGAACACUAUUUAGAAUAUACAAAGCCGGGAGUUAUAGUUGAUUCCUUACAUAAAUUGAAAUUCUAUACUCUGAUAAAAUAUCUAGAAAAUAUGUAUAAUUACAGAUAUAGACUGCAAAGAACCAAUUCAUGGGGGUAUUUACGCAACGGCAGUUUCGAUGGAGUUGUCGGCGCUUUACAAAGACGCGAAGCAGAUAUUGGAGGCACACCAGUGUUUUUCAGGUCCGAUAGGGCGAAGUUCAUCGAUUACGUAGCACCUACGUGGCAAUCGAGACCCUGUUUUAUUCUGCGUCACCCUAAGUACCCGGGUGGGUUUUAUUCAAUAUACACGCGACCUCUAACCGCUGAAGUUUGGUUUUGCAUUCUGGCUGUAUUGGCUUUAUCUGGUUCAGUAAUGUGCGUAAUGUUUAAUAUCAAAGCCUUAAAAGCUACCGGAGAUGAUAAGGACUCUUCAUCUUCUAUGGCAUUCUUGUUUAUAUUUAGUGCUAUCAGUCAACAAGGCACAACUUUAACCAGAGGUUCAACAUCAAUGAAAAUUGUUAUCUUUAUGACUUUUAUUUUUACGCUAACCUUGUAUCAAUAUUAUAACGCAACAGUGGUAUCCACGCUACUCCGCGAGCCUCCUAAAAGCAUUAAAAAUCUCAAAGAUCUAUUAAAUAGUGAUCUCAAAGCAGGAGUCGAAGAUGUUUUGUAUAAUAAAGAUUUUUUUAAGCGAACGAAGGACCCGAUUGCUUUAGAACUCUUCUAUCGAAAGAUAGUGACAAGUCGUCACUAUAAUUUCCUUGAACCAGAAUACGGCAUGCGUUUAGUGAAACGUGGUGGCUUCGCGUAUCACGUGGACAGUAUUACCGCUUACCGUAUUAUGAAGAGAAGUUUCAGCGAAAGGGAGAUAUGUGAUGCGCACGAGAUCCAUUUAUAUCCACCGCAAAAUAUGGCGGCAGUCUUGCAAAAAGACUCGCCAUACAGAGAACAUGUCACAGUUGGAAUACGUAAGAUAUUUGAAUCGGGUUUAAUGCACAGAUUGAAGUCGAUUUGGGAUGAACCUAAGCCUCCGUGUGUUCGGACUCCCGACAGCAGCAUAUUCUCAGUUACUCUGCGAGAGUUUUCCAUGGCUCUGGUUAUGUUAGCUGUGGGCAUACUGUUCGCUGUGUUCAUUUUACUUGGCGAAAUAUUAACAUAUAGAUUGUUAACGUCAAAAAGAAAGAGAGAGAGAAAGAAUUGCCUGUAA